CUCACUUAUAUUGCGCCCUCCUUCUCCAUUAACACUCUCUGCCUCUUUUCUCUUCUCCUCACCAAUCAAAAUAUUUCAACUCAUUCCUUUCAAGAAGAACUAUUUCAACUCCUCAAAAGAUUGUCAAUCCGAAUGAUCAGAACGCUUUGAAGCCUGAUCAUGGACUCCAGACAACGCCUAGACGAUGCGUACAAGAGGAAGUUACAGAGGAUCAAGGUGAAGAGCAUGGGGAAUCCCCUGAAAUUCGUAGUUCCAGACAAAAACAGUAGAUGCAGACCUCAUCCAUUGAAAUUAAUACUAGCAAUCAUCGUGCUAGGCUCAUUCCUCACCAUCCUCUCCUCCCCGCCCGUGUGCCAGCAAAACGGCGUCGCACUCAAAGUCUCACGGCAACGUUUUGUGAGCAGGUGGAUUUGGGGCGGCUCCGAUCCCCGCUACGCCGCUGAUUUCGACAUCAACUGGAGCGACAUCACCGCUGCGGUGAACAAGCUGCCGAGGGAGACCGAAAUUGGCGGGAUCGGAGUCCUCAAUUUCAACGAGGGCGAGGCGCGGGGGUGGCGGCGGAUCUUCCCUGCGGCGAACCACACGGCCCUGAGGCUGGACCACGCGGAGAGGAACGUGACGUGGGAUGUGCUCUUCCCGGAGUGGAUCGAUGAGGAGCAGGACGACGCGGUGCCCAGCUGCCCUGCUCUGCCGCGGCUGCAGGUGCCGGCGCAGCGGCUUGAUCUCGUGGUGGUGAAGCUCCCCUGCAGGAACGAGGGGAACUGGUCAAGAGACGUGGCGCGGCUCCACCUGCAGCUUGCGGCUGCGGGGCUGGCGUCGGCGUGCAAGGGGAGUUAUCCGGUGCAUCUGCUUUUCGUGACGCGGUGUUUCCCCAUACCCAAUUUGUUCACCUGCAAGGAUCUUGUGGCGCGGCAGGGGAAUGUGUGGUUGUAUCGGCCGCAGCUUAAUGUGUUGCGCGCUAAGCUGCAGCUUCCGGUCGGAUCGUGUGAGCUUGCGCUUCCCCUUGGAUCCCAAGAUAUAGACUACACGGGAAAGAAGCAGCGGGAGGCGUACGCGACGAUCCUGCACUCGGCCCACGACUACGUCUGCGGCGCCAUCGCAGCUGCACAGAGCAUUCGAAUGGCGGGGUCCACUCGUGAUCUGGUGAUCCUAGUGGACGAGACGAUAAGCGAGUACCACCGCAGCGGGCUCGAACUCGCGGGGUGGAAGGUCCGCACCAUAAAGCGGAUCCGGAACCCGAAAGCCGAGAAAGACGCAUACAACGAGUGGAACUACAGCAAGUUCCGCCUCUGGCAGCUAACCGACUAUGACAAGAUCAUCUUCAUCGACGCCGACCUCCUCAUCCUCCGCAACAUCGACUUCCUCUUCUCCAUGCCGGAGAUCUCGGCCACCGGCAACAACGGCACCCUCUUCAACUCCGGCGUGAUGGUCAUCGAGCCCUCCAACUGCACGUUCCGCCUCCUCAUGGAGCACAUCAACGAGAUCGAAUCCUACAACGGCGGCGACCAGGGCUACCUAAACGAGAUCUUCACUUGGUGGCAUCGGAUCCCGAAACACAUGAACUUUUUGAAGAACUUCUGGAUAGGGGACGACCAGGCGGUGAAGAAUAAGAAGACGAGGCUGUUUGCUGCAGAGCCUGCGGUGCUGUACGUGUUGCAUUAUUUGGGGAACAAGCCGUGGAUGUGCUACAGGGACUACGACUGCAACUGGAACGUGGACAUACUGCAGGAGUUUGCGAGCGACGUGGCGCACAACAAGUGGUGGAGGGUGCACGACGCGAUGCCCGGGGAGCUGAAGGAGUUCUGCCUGCUGGCGUCGAAGCAGAAGGCGCAGCUGGAGUGGGACAGGAGGGAGGCGGAGAAGGGAGGGUAUGAGGAUGGGCAUUGGAGGAUAAGGGUGAGGGAUGAGAGGAUGAAGAGGUGUAUUGAUCCGUAUUGUAAUUGGAAGAGUAUGCUCAAGCAUUGGGGGGAGAGUAAUUGGACGGAGGUGGAUUUUCCGGUGCCUACGCCGCCUGCCUUUGCUAACAAAGGAGGAGCUACUCUUGCUUUGUGAUGAUUGUUGAUCAUCAUCAUCAUCGUAUUCUCAUGACCACUGUUUGUCUCGCUAGAUAUAUGUACGUAUCUAUACACAUUUUUGCUACUUGUUCAUCACUAAUAACAUGCGUUUAACUUUUAUUA